AGACAGAUAGGAGAAAUUAGUUGCGCUUAUUACGUAAUAAUUAGUUGUAAAAUAUUAAUAAAUAUACCUAAUUUUGCUGUGUUCUAUUGAUUUGUAACUAUUCCGUUUAAGAAAAUUACAUUAAUGUACUGAAAACAGUUCAAUUUGUAUUUAGAUGAUGAAUCGAUUAAAUCCUUGUAUAUCAAUUCCUUUUGGAUUAUCUACAGAUGAAUUUCAAGAUCUCAUUAAAAAAACUAAAGAUUGGACACUUAUGCAUGGUGGAGGUAUAAGAUCAAAAAAUAAUUUCAGCAGUGACUCGUUGACUGUAGUACCAUUUACAUUGUUACCUUCAGUUUUCCCAAAAAAUGAAUUUCUAAAAGCAGUAAAAAUACAACCUUUACUUAAUGAACUUAUGCAUAAAGUUUCCCGUGAUCAUGAAUUUUUAAAAUCAUGCUUAAAAAAAACAAUCGAAGUCGACGAGUUCACACGCAAAUUAUUUACGUUGUACGAAACAGUUCGAGAAGAAGGAAUCACUCAACGCAUGAGCUUGGGAUUGUUACGCUCAGACAUAAUGCAUCAAAUGGACGAAAAUGGUAAUAAUAUCAAACAAGUUGAAUUAAACACAAUUGCUUGUGGAUUUGGUUGGCUUGGUAUUUUAUCCGGUAAUAUACACAGAUUCGUUUUACAACAAUUGGGUUUUUUGGAUAAAUUAAAAAUGUUACCUGAAAAUAAUGCUUUACAAGGCCUUUGUUUAGCAAUUAUUAAAGCAUGGGAGCUAUUCAAUGAUAAAAACUCCAUAGUAUUAAUUGUAGUUGAAGACCAAUCUGUUAAUAUCUGCGAUCAACGUUUUCAUGAGUUUGAAUUAGCUCUUCAAAAACCUGAAUUGUGCGUUAUUCGAAAAACAUUAACGCAAGUAGCAAAUGAAGCGAAACUAACACAUUCCAAGGAUCUUGUGAUACAAUCAAAAAGGGUUGCUGUAGUAUAUUAUAGAUCGGGUUAUUCUCCUGAACAUUAUCACGGAGAAAUUGAAUGGUUAGCUCGUUUGUUAAUUGAACGGUCUACAGCAAUAAAAUGUCCUGACAUUCAAUAUCAUUUAGCCGGAACUAAAAAAGUCCAACAAGAAUUGGCAAAAACUGGAGUACUUGAACGCUUCAUUAAUGACCCCAAUGAAGUGGUUGAAAUUAGACAUAUUUUUACUGGUUUAUUUUCCCUUGAUUUAGAUCAAAAUGGCGAUAAUGCUGUUAAGAUGGCUUUGGAUAAUCCCGAAAAUUUUGUGUUGAAACCACAACGAGAAGGUGGUGGAAAUAAUUUGUACAAUGAUGAAAUAAAAGAAAAACUUAUGAGUUGUAUUAAUUCUAAAGAGCGAUCGGCCUGGAUAUUAAUGGAGAAAAUUUGUCCUCCAGUACAACAAAACUAUUUAAUAAGACACGAAGUAGAAUCUAAAACUAAUUUAACUCCGUGUGACGUAGUAUCAGAGCUAGGUAUAUUUGGUAUUAUUUUAUGUGACGGCGAUAAUAUCUUGUUGAAUGAACAAGUUGGACAUAUGAUGCGAACAAAAUCUAAAUCAUGUAAUGAAGGCGGUGUCAAUGCUGGUUAUGGAGUAUUAGAUAGUCCAUUUUUAUAUGACGAUUCUAGUGAUUUAUAAUUGUACCAAUAAGUAGUUUAGUUAUAUAUAUAUAUAUAUAAUUAAUAUAAUAAUUAUCAUUUGUUACCAAUAAAAUAAAAUAGUUUUAAUAAU